UUUAACAGUUGUCAACGCAAAGCUACUCUUUUAUUGUAUAUAUACGCGUUUCCCGUUGCUUACAAUGCUUUUCCUGAUUGAGAAUCAGUCGACGCUUGUGAUAGAUGACCUUUGUAUUGAUGCAUCGCGGAAGGGCAUGAUUUACAAUACGCUAUCUUUCCAACUACGCAGCAGAUUAUUCGUGUUUUGAGGGAAAAAAAUGUGAGCAACCUAUUUAAGAAACCGACGAUCUCGAAAUACAGAAGAUUAGACACAAUUGUGGAUAUUCACGGAAAUGGUAGCAAAUACAGGAAAGUACUCAGGAUUAGGGUAACUUCAUGCACAUCUCAAAUAUUGUGGGAAAUAAUAUCUAAAACAAAAAUGAAACUUACCAUUAUAUGGAUUAUUGUUCACUAUAUUUUGACGGCGAAAUUUACGGCACUUGCUAAUGUAAACGACACAGAAAUACACGAGGUAAUCAUGAUCAGGCCUAUUUGCCUUGAAAAUGAAACGCUGUUUCACGCAUUAUUUUGCAACGAUAAACUAAAAUGCAAAGAUGGGAUUCCAAUACAAGAUGUUUAUGCUGAGUGGCAAAUAUGCGAAUUGUUGAGGAACAGCAAAACGCAGUAUUGUGUGGUAGAAAGAGACGAAAUAUGCAAAGAGAAAGUCGUAUGUUCAAACAUGAAUCCAUGUGAUGCAAGAUGUGAUUCUCAUUAUAAAUGUCAGAAUUCAGAAUGCAAGCUUCGUAGCACUGUGUGCAAUAAUAAUGCUUGUGAUGGUUGCACAGAAGAAGAUCAUGAAUGGAAUAACGGAAUCGGAUUCAAAUGUCGAAGAAAUGGCGAGGAUUGCGUCUUGCCUCAGCAAUUAAUUCAUGAUGACAUAGCAGACUGUGAUGGAGGAGCAGAUCUAUGUUUUGAAACUCAGAUUACUCGGAAUGCUAGUUUAAGAACAGAGCUGCAACAUCGCGGAGAUCUCGAUCUUUCUAAGUGUUUCAUGUGCUUGAAUGACGUCACUGUGAUUGCUUCAACAAGUGUUUGUGACGGAAUAAUAGAUUGUCCGGAUCUAUCUGACGAAUGUCUUUGUGAUAAAAGUCGACCUAGCAUUUGUGAACAAGUGAUUUCAUAUGAUGAAAAUGGAUUUCUUUCCAUAACUAUGGUUGCUCCACCAACUACAGAGACCGGACUUACUAUGACAUGGUUUUCAAGCGGAAAAUACACAAAUUGUAAUGUUGGUAACGUGAUAUGCGCAGGGGGAAAUUGCAUAAAUCCAGAGUCGGUUUGUGACGGUACAAUAGACUGCCGAGAUGAUGAAGGAUACGACUUUUGCCGCGGAACUGUACCUUGUUCCAGCGCCAUAAAAUACGAAAAGAAAUGCAGAUGUUCUCGCGGUAGCCACACUUGUGUAAAUAUUCAUGGCGUAGCUUGUGACAGUGUGGCAGAUUGCCAUAUUGCGCCACCUUCUUGGGGUUCUAUUGUUUCUGCACCUCAAAAUUCGUUUCCUGAUGAUGAGUGCAAAGCUAGCUGCUUUGAAACCUUUACAAAUUUCACGUGUCUUCCUGAAUCAAUACAAAUGGUAGGGGUUCCAGAGGCAUAUAUCUCAUGCGAACUUCAUUUGGAAUUAGAUGCCAACGAAAGUAUAAUAAUAACCAAGCGUCUGGAAUGGAAGUUUGUCUGUGAUGGAACUAUACAUUGUCCACAGGGCGAGGACGAAAAUAAUUGUGAUAGAUUUCUGUGUGAUGGGAAAGAGGAAGGUGUUAUAAGUAUAGAGUAUGACGAGGUAUGUGAUGGAAUUGAACAUUGUAAAAAUGGUUCAGAUGAAUCGAUAGCACUUUGUGCGGAAAAGAGAUUUCAUUGUCCUGCACUUGGAGGAAAAAAGGUUAGCAUCGAUGUUGGAUUGAAAUGCGAUUUUUUGAUAGCUUGUGAUGACGAAACAGAUGAAAUGGACUGUACUGAUGGACGAUUUUACUGUGAAAAUAAAAAGCCAUUAUUUGUUCUGGCAAAGCAGAAAUUUGAUGGUCGUGGUGACUGCACAGAUUGGAGUGAUGAAUGUCCAACAAUUGACCAAUCAACUUCAACUGAUGGUUUUUCGUCAAGAUAUGAACUCAUUGCAAAUCCUAUAUUACGGGCUGUUGUGUGGAUCAUGGGGUUGUUAUCUCUUGGUGGAAAUGGGGUUGUUAUUUUCCAUGAAGCAAGAAGACUGAGGAAUAGCAACAGAAAAUUGACAGCCAUCGUAAUAGCAAAUAGAUUGCUGAUUUUAAACCUGGCCUUCUCUGACGUCAUCAUGGGAAUAUAUCUUCUAUCGCUUGGGAUUGCUGGCCUCGCCAUGCAGGGCGUAUACUGUUCUAGAGACUUAAUUUGGAGAUCGAGUGCAGCAUGCACGACAUUGGGAAUUUUAUCGGUUAUUUCAAGUGAAACCUCGGUUAUAACAAUGGUUCUGCUGACUAGCUGUCGGCUUUACGCAAUUUUUCAACCAUUCAAAUCAUCUCGUCACCCCAAAAAGAAAACAGUGUCUUUGAUGAUCAUGAUAGCUUGGACGAUAUCAUUUUUAAUCGCCAUACUACCGCUUUCUCCACAUUUGUCUGGAAUGUUUGUCAGUCAUGCAGAAUUUGAAUAUUCUCCAUACUCUUCAAACGCAACAGUCACAUUGGAUGAGACUAAAUCACUUUUUACAAGGCUGUUGACAUAUGAUCUCAAGCCCAACAUGACGUUUCCAGAUAAAUUUUCAAUGAACAAUUUCCAGUCAUGGCAAGACAUUGAAUCGGAAUCAACCAAAUAUUUUCUUCAUGAACAUUUCAAGAUUCAAAAGAAGUUUGGAUAUUAUAGUGUCGACAGCGUUUGCAUUCCAAAAUUUUUCGUAACCAGAGAUGAUCGAGCUUGGCCUUUUUCUUUCUUUGUUAACCUUUUCAACUUUUGUGCGUUCGUCUUCGUUGCAUCAUCUUACGUUGCAAUUUAUAUCAAAUCAAGAGAAGGGUCAAAGUUCAGAAGAACUGCAUCACGUGCGGAGAAAGACGAUGGAAAUAGAUCCUUGCAACGAAAAAUUCUCCGACUCAUCAUAACUGACUUCUGUUGUUGGAUACCAAUCUGUAUCCUGGCCUUCUGUAAACUAGGAGGAGCAAAUGUUUCAAAUACUGCAUAUGUCGUGGCAGCAAUAGUGCUUCUACCGAUUAACAGUGCACUGAAUCCAGUUCUGUAUUCAGACCUGCCAGAUGCUUUAUAUAAAAAACUAAGCGAAAAAUUCCAUGGAAUUGUGAACUUGCCAAGUUCUCAUUCUACCAUGUCGACCGCGGUGAAUGGACGAACAGACAUAGAAGAAAGCAAAUUGUAAAAUCACUGCUGGUGUUAUCUAUAAUGGAUUCAAAACGCAAACAUGAAAGCUAGUGCAUGAACAGCAACGUUUAUUGUUAGGCAACUGAUUUUGCCAUAGAUAUUUUUAUUCAGAUGAUAUUAUUUUGCACGUUAUUGCUUUUUUUCAUGCAAACUUGAACCACGGAUCUCUCGUGGAUCCUGUAUCUUCACUUGAUAGCAUAUACAUCUACCUCUACUUUUAAUAAUUAAUUCUCUGCUAGGCUCUAUGACCAACAACCGAAUGGUCUUAUUCGGCAAAACAUUGUUACCUCAAAACAGUGACGAUUCGCUAUAUUACACGGUGUGAAAAAUUUGAUUGGCAAGUGAGGAUCCAUAUGAUUGGGGGUAUCGUAUCUGCUAUGAAUUAAAGAAGUUAGGCAAGUAGUUGAGCAGAAAAUGGAAAUGUUGUGCAGAAUUUGGUACAAGGUAAAUCGCAGGCGAUACAUAAUAUAUUCUAACAAAUCUUAAUAGUAACAAGUUCUCUCAAAACAAAGAUUUGGUUUUACUUAUUCAAGUUCACGCAUGCCUUCAGCCAAAGUCACCAAAUCAAUAAACAAUAAAUUUUUGAGCACUCAUUGAGAAACAUUCUGAAUUUUCUUUUUCAUAGAAUCCAUCCUCUAGGACUGGUUUUCUCGUUCACGACGCCAGCAUACUGGUAAACUUAGCUUUUCCCUGUUGCCAGGUCAUAUUUGAAAUGAUAUAUUUCAUUUCCUCCUAUUCCGCGUAAUGCUCGACCAUAUGUAUCGUUCUUGAUCGAAUCACAAGACAACUAGAACAGUAUUAUACAUUAGAGUUAGACGAUAGAAAAAAAAUUGAGUGGUGUAGUCUUCACGCAGUGAUACGAAUUUUCAAAGGCAAAAUAAAAAAUUUUGCAACUU